GCCGGCCCACGGAGCCGCCGUCCCCGCAGGAUCCGCACACGCUGCGCGCGGUACCGGUGCCCACUCGCCACGCCAGUCUGCCUGUGCCGGCACGGCGGCGCCUAGGCUACUGCGCGCACCACUCCGGCCGCCUCGUCCGCUCUCCACUCUCCACCUGAGCUGGCGUGCGCCACUACCACACACCCAAGCAUAGACACGCGCUCGCGCACGGCCUCUCUCGAACUCUCGCCGUACCGCACGGCGCGGCCAUGGCCAGCCGUCUCCUCUCGCUCCGGCGGGCCACAGGGAGGUGGCUCCUGCAGCCAUCACCGCCUCCGGAGCCUUUCCUCUCGACUGCGGCGUCGCCUUCUCCCGAAAUGCUGAAGCUACGCGCGCCACAUUCACCGAGCUCACCGCCUUAUACUUCCCACAAGGUUUUCUAUGCCGGGUUCUUCAGUUGGCCGCCAAGCCAUAACCUUCAAACAUUCCGUUGCGUCCACACGAGUCAACCUGUUAAUAGCCAAAAUCAAGAUAUGGCGAUGGGUUCACAAAAUCCUGGAGCCGUGGUACCGGUUGAUGAUUCUGGCAAACCAAAAGAGAAGAGGAAAAAACUUAAAGGAAAGAGGGCCGUAACAAGGUUUUUGAAAUCCUUGAGAUGGAAAAAGAAAAAGGAAUUUCAGAGAAUGACUGCUGAGGAGAAGAUUUUAUACAAACUGAAGCUAGCUCGAAAGAAGGAAGAACGGCUUCUUGCAGCUUUGAAGAAAAUUGAACCAAAUGAACCAUCAGAACCUACACAUGAUCCUGAAGUUCUUACGCCUGAAGAACACUUCUACUUCCUCAAGAUGGGCCAAAAAAGUAAAAACUAUGUGCCUGUUGGAAGGCGUGGAAUUUACCAGGGAGUGAUCCUGAACAUGCAUUUGCACUGGAAAAAACAUCAGACCUUACAGGUAAUUGUGAAGACAUUCACACCGGAGGAGGUUAAGGAAAUUGCCUCAGAGUUAGCUAUUCUAAGUGGUGGUAUUGUACUCAGUAUUGAAGAAGGAAAUACAAUUAUUAUGUACAGAGGAAAAAACUAUGCACAACCACCACCAGAGAUAAUGUCUCCAAAGAUUGCUCUUCCUAGAAAGAAGGCACUGGAUAAAUCAAAACAUAGAGAUAACCUUCGAGCUCUUCGGCGGUACAUACCCAGGCUUGAGCAAGAGCUUGAAGAUCUUCAUGCCCAGAUGAAGUUAGCUGGAGGGCAUAGAGGACAAAGUGUGGUGAAAGACGUUGCUUUUGUUUCAGAUUGUGCAGACACUAUCUCUGUGAAAAAGGAUUCUUCUAACUCAAUUCACACGAGAAGUGUAUCUGAACUUCUAUCAGAAAGCAUAGAAAGGUCUGAGAAGCUGGACGGUGAAAACUCUGAGGUUGAUGAUGAUUCAACUUCAGAGUCUAUCCCAUAUUCAGAAUCGGAGGAUCUCUCUGACAUGUUUGAGACGGAUUCAGAGGAGCAAGUAGAAGAUAGCAAGGAGCGUCCUCUGUACCUAGAUAGGCUGGAUAAGUUUCCCACAGAAAACAAUGAUAAUGAACCCGAUGACUUUGAGGAGCAUCUGCGGAAGAUUGCUUCACUUUCUGAUAGGACAGAUUCACCUGCAAAAGAACUGAAAGUCUCCGAGCUUGAUGAGAUCGAUAAAAUAUUCCUAAGAGCUAGUUCAUUGCUGAAGAAAAGAUGACAUUUAAUUUGAAAUCUGUAGCAAUCUGCUUGAGUCUUAUUAGCCGUGUGUAGUUUACUGGGAUGAUCUUCAAGAGGAAUUUGAUGUAUAAUGUUACAUGGUCGCGGGCUGGCAAAUACUAGACCGACAUUGAAAUCUUGCUAAAGCCCAGACAGGAUUUUCACGA